AUGUCUGGAUCCUCCGGAAUCAGAACAAGAACUUCUGCUGCAAAGAGCUCUUCUUCUUCAGCCAUGGCGUCGUCUUCGGCAUCGUCAUCGACAACCACAGCACACUCUCUUCUUCAAGGCCAGCAGGAAUCCAAGGACACAGCCACUGCGGGUGUGUUUUCUAUCCGACCAUCGUCUGCUACUGGAUCUGCUGCUGCUGCUGCUGCUGAAGCAAACGGAGAUAAAAGCGAGCGGGAUCAGGAUCAGGAUCAGACAGAGAACCUGGCAACAAUCUCUCCCCGGAACUAUGGCACCAUCAAGGACUCAGAAGAACCCUCGAAGACCUGCCACUGGGACGAGGUGCCAGCAUGGAUGCAGGAUAAUCCGGCCAUCUGGAACGGAUACCGCAGGCCAACCUUUAGCUAUAAAAAGUGCCUCGCAUCCUUGGGGUUCUUGCACAACGAGAGUGUCAAUAUAUGGACCCACUUGAUUGGAGCAGUCGUGUGCAUUGUGGGAUCACCUCUCGCCUACUUCAAAAUCCACAACAUCCUCGAGACGAUCAUCUGGACGGACGUUGCAGUCUUUUACAUCUUCAUGGCUGGAGCCGUCGUCUGUUUGUCCAUGUCUGCCAGCUUCCACACAUUCUCCUGUCACUCUGAACCA